UUCCACCCAGCUGCAUCUUCUAUAUAGGGAUUUUACCACCAAGCCUUGAUGGGAUGCAGCGUGUUGCUUCCACGGCAAGGUGCGCUGCCUCCAAUGCACUCGCAUGCAUGUUUAUCGGUACAACAUGAAACGCUUUGAUCUUUUGACUUGCAACGAAUGACAACACAAAGGUCGCCGCUGUCAGACGCGGAGAUCGAGGAGCGCAUCUCUGCAGUUGGAAGACUCUAUAGUACUCCGGGGAGACUGCCUGAAGCUACCCUGAAAGCUGGUCGAUAGCGGCAGAGAUAGCUUCGGUACCGGCGGAAGAGGAGGCGGAAGCAGCACAUUCGGAGGCCCGGUAGCGGCUCCCCUCGGACCGAAGGCGAGCCCGCAGAGGAGAGAGGAGGACUGCAGCACCAUGGACAGCUCAGAUAUGGAUGCCAAUUAUGGCGGAGGACUGUUGGAUAUGGUGAAGGGCGGAGCUGGAAAGUUCUUCAGUAACUUCAAAGACAACCUCAAAGACACGCUAAAAGACACUUCCACCAAGGUCAUGCAUCAGGUUGCCACGUACACGAAAGGAGAGCUGGACAUUGCCUACAUCACAUCACGAAUCAUAGUGAUGACUUACCCAGCAGAGUCUGUGCAGAUUGGCUACCAAAACCAUGUGGAAGACAUCCGAUCGUUCCUUGACAGUCGCCAUGCUGACCACUACACUGUCUUCAACCUGUCACAGCGCAACUACCGUGGCGCCAAAUUUUCCAACAGGGUUUCAGAGUGUAAUUGGCCUUCUCGCCAGGCUCCCAGCCUGCACAACCUAUUCGCCGUGUGUAAGAACAUGCACAACUGGCUCAAACAGAACCCCAAGAAUGUGUGUGUCAUCACCUGCUCGGAUGGCCGCGCUCCUUCAGGUGUGUUAGUUUGUGCCAUGUUUUGCUUCUGCCACCUCUUCAGUCAUCCAGAUCCUGCCAUGCACCUCCUCAGCGCCAAGAGACCAGGCUCGGGCCUGUGGCCUUCACACCGCAGGUACAUUGGCUAUGUCUGCAGCAUGGUGUCAGACAAGCCCAGUCUCCCCCACACAAAACCCCUGACGAUCAAGGCUCUCACCAUCAGCCCGGUUCCUUGUUUCAACAAGCAGCGCAGUGGCUGUCGGCCCUUCUGCGACGUCCUCAUUGGAGAAACCAAAAUCUUUACCACGGCACAGGAGUAUGAGAGAAUGAGAGAGCACAGAAUUCAAGAGGGGAAAGUGGUCUUUCCUCUUGGCGUCAGCGUUCAAGGAGAUGUGAUUGUUUCGGUCUAUCACAUGCGGUCCACAAUUGGAGGACGUCUGCAAGCCAAGGUGUCCAACACACAAAUUUUCCAGAUCCAGUUCCACACUGGCUUCAUUUCCCCCGGAACGCCCAUGUUAAAAUUUAACAAACCCGAGCUGGAUGCAUGUGACUCUCCAGAUAAGUACCCACAGCUGUUUCAUGUCAUACUGGACGUGGAGGUGGAAGGGCAAGACAAGCAGAAAGACCUGACACCACCUUGGGAACAGUUCCCAUCCAAAGACCUGAGUGCCAAUGUGCUCUUCUCCUGCCAUCAGGAGCAUCAGGACGCGCUCGCCAUUGCCGAGCCAAGCAGGCCGCACGGAGGCCCUGAUGGUCGAGGCCAUGGCGAGGAGAGCGAGCCCUCUGAUGAUGAGAUGCUUUCGCUCUCUAGUCAGCGAAGCAGCACCAGCACAGCCCCCCACAAACCGGAGCCGCCUGCUUCAAUGCCCAUGGCCCCCGACACUUCGUCUGUGGAAGUGGAUCUUCUAGGUCUGGAUGGGGAGGAGGUCAAGCAGCCGUGUCCUCCGUCCCAGCCUCUAUCCUCUGCAGGUGCAACCACCGACCUCCUGGGGGACUUGUUUGGGGGUCCACCCCAGCCCACAAGCGGGCCUUCAUCUGCCCACUCCACCCCACAUAAAGUAGUGCCCUGCUCUGCCUCGCCUUGUCCUUCACCUGCCCCACCAGUGUUUGACCCUUUUAAGACCGGUCCCAUGCCGAAGCCUCCGGAGAUGAUGGGUUCAUUCCUCGGACCAGGUAACAUAGGGCAGCCAGACCCCUUCCUGCAUGCUGCUCGCUCUCCAUCCCCCACCCUUCAGCCCACAAGCUUUGGUCGGAGUUCCCCCGUCCAUACUGGCACCCCAGCUGUCAACAUUCAGCAGCAAAAUGUCAUGGGAGGUUGGGAAUGGAACAGAACCGUUACCACAAACACAGGAGGAGGUUUGGGAAUGGGCAGUCGAUCAGCCACUACAAGCCCAACAAGUUCAGUCCACAGCACACCCACCCAUCAAACCAAGCCAAAUACGCUGGACCCUUUUGCUGACAUAGGCAACUUUGGGGGAAGCCUUAAAGGAGGUUCUGGAUUCUCCAGCAAGCCCACAACACCAACAGGGACAACCCCUUCUUUUCCUCCCAUGGGUUCCCCUUCUCGGCCACCUCCAUCUCCCCAGCAUGCGGCAGGGUGGCAGCCCCAAUCAGGAGCGGGUUUCCCAUCAUGGCAGCCUAACGCUGGUGCUGGAGGAUGGCAAGCGCAAGGACAAAGCCCCACUCCACAGCCGAAGCCCAGCCCCAGCCAUACGCCCAUGUCACACACUUCCCCGCAGAACCGACCCAACUACAACAUUAGCUUCUCUCCGAUGGGGGGUGGGUCACCCAGUGCAGGGGCUAAAGCACAGACAGGAAUUGGCCCUAAUAAGCCCAAGGCCUCUGAUGCCAACUUUGAUGACCUGCUGUCUGGUCAAGGCUUUGCAGGGGCCAAAGACAAGAAAGGACCUAGGACUAUAGCAGAAAUGAGAAAGGAGGAAAUGGCCAAAGAGAUGGACCCUGAGAAAAUAAAGAUUCUGGAUUGGAUUGAGGGGAAGGAGCGGAACAUCCGAGCCCUCCUUUCCACUAUGAAUACAGUGUUGUGGGAAGGAGAAACACGUUGGAAGCCGGUAGGCAUGGCUGACCUGGUUACUCCAGAUCAGGUCAAAAAGGUCUACCGCAAAGCCGUCCUCGUCGUGCACCCGGAUAAGGCAACAGGACAGCCCUAUGAACAAUACGCCAAGAUGAUUUUCAUGGAACUAAAUGACGCCUGGUCUGAAUUUGAAAGUCAAGGACAAAAAGCUCUCUACUGAAAAGAGAAGCCAGCGAUGAGAAGACCCCGACAUGUCACCACUCUGGUCGACAUUCUUACAGCCAUGUUGAGACGGCAGCGUCCAGACCAACUGAGUAUAGCCUCCUACUGUAUGUUUUGGUGCAAUAUCAUCAUUCUUCCUCCUUGUGGCUCUGAACAAACUCACCCGUCAAAGCACACACCAUAGGACGUCUGGGGAAGAUUAGAAAUGAAGACAUCAAACCAGAAGAAGACACACAAGAUAAGAUAAGAGAAAAACGCAUGAAUGAACUGAACAAGAAUAAGAGAUCAAGUUAGCUGCCUAGAGACUUAGUACCAUGUGUGCUACAUUCUCCUUAUUCAGUUAUUAUUGACUCUCAAGCCAACGUUUCCCAUCUUUAAAUUGACUGUGUGAGUUGACAAAAAGAGAAAAUAGUACAAUAACAGCAGGUCAAUAAGUCCACAAUUUGACAUAAUUUUAACGUAUACACCCAAGCAUUGUGCUUUUACAUGUUGGCUUUAAAAGAUGAACAAAUCCUGAGAGCCAACGUCCUCUGCAGUUAAUAUUUGUGUUAUUUUGCAUAACAGGGCUAUUUUUUUUUUCAAAUCUCUUGACAAAAGAAAUAGACCAAAAACAAAUGUCUACUGCAGAGGAUGCUGGUUCUUAGGAGGACACACAAGAAGCACCUUGAGGUUCUGUAUAAUAACUAACAUAAUAAAAUGGAUUUUCAAGGGUACCUAUGGAAAUGUUUGGUUAAGCACAAAUCUGAAUCAGUGCAGUCGGGAUGGAAAUUUUACAACUACUCCCGAUUUCGAUUUGAUUCAAAUUCUUGUCGUGAUAAUUUGAUUCAAAAUUGUCGAUUCAAACCAUUACUUGCAAUAUAUUAUUUGUUUUUAGGAUUAUAAUAAAAUAUUUUAAAAAGAGGUUACAAAAGCUCCUAUUGGCUGCUUGACGUAUGACAAUGAGUAAGCACGGAGAUGGCCUAAAAAAACCUUUUCAGAAAUGUAUUAUUAAAAUAAUAAUUAAACAAUCGAUUGUUAAAAAUAAAAAAUCGGUUUAGAAUCAAAAUAAACACAAAUCUUGAUUCUGAUGUAAAUUGAUUUUUUAAGCAUACAAACUGUGCAGAUCUUAAGAAAGGCCUUUAUUCAUUCAUAAGUUCAUUUUAUUCAUCACUAAUUUACCUGCUGCUUCGGUUCAUUUAUUUAUUGAAAAUAUUCCAGAUCUCUGAGACGACCCGAACUAAGGCAGCAUUUGUGUGUGUCGAAUAGUUCUCAAACUACAGAAAUCCCCAAAUUAUACAGCAGCAAAGAUCAUCUUAAUAUAUGUUGUUCCCCCAAUGUGGUUAUAUUUAAUGCAAUACAAGUUUCUUUUUAAUGGUUUAUCAUUUUAAAAAUAAUUAUAUCAUACUUAUGUUUUUGUUUAAUGUAAGUCAAACGGUACUGUAAACAAUGUAAUGAUAUGUAUUUCCAUGUUUAUUACUUGAUGCCAUGAGUUUGUAAGACCAUUUUUAUCACAGCACUGACACUUUUAUUUUAUUUUUUUUAAGAAUAGUCACAGAGCAAUAGCGGCACCGCGUCAUAUCCAAUUAUUUCAGCAGCUGUAUAUUUUGUAGAUGCUGAUUUUAUUUUGAUAUGUGAACUAUGCUGAAUAAUAGCGAUCGCCCUUGGUUCAUUUGACUCCUGCUGUCAUUUUAAAGGACAUCAACACUUUAACUAUUGCCGUGUGUAUUUAUCUGAAGGGGUUCACCUUUACAAAAUGUCUUUCAUUUGUUGGAAUUGAACGUUUUUCGAGACGCAACAAGACUGAAAAUGCUGGGAUCCGAAAAGGUUCGAAUACUAAUAAGUACAGUGGACACUCAACAAGACAGCAGUUAAGACACUUGGAAAUAAUUCAAACUGUGAAAUAAGUGCAGACAGAGGAAGUGCACUGUGUGUGCUUCUGUGCUCUACUGAGGACCUACAGUAUGUACACGUGGAGAAAAAAGCCCUCAUAAGCUCCUUUGCUGACUGAAAUAUCCAGCUACUGUCUUACAAGUAGGCUAAAAACAAUAAUAACCCCUGUGUUGUACUCAGUGGAUGUGUGUAGAUUGUAUGGAAGUGAUUUGGACUAUUGUUCGUUUUGUGUUUUUGCCUGUCUGCUGUUAAAGUAUUACUAAACUGUAAAAUACC